GACAAAGUAAGUGGUUCAUCACUCUGGUAAAAUAAGGGUUGAUUACAAUUUGAGCUUCAGGAGGAAGUAGAUAAAGAUCAGUCGUAUCAGUGAUCGGUCGUAGAGUUUGCAAUUGUAGUAAAAUGUUGAAGUUGAUUCUCGCCUGUGUGCUUUUACUAGUAGCAAUGAGCUCUGGCACUCCUCAAUUCAGCUAUGGAGGUUAUGGUGGCUAUGGAGGCUACGGAGGUUACGGAGGUUAUCGAAGCAAUGGAGGAUAUGGGGGUUAUGGAGGUUACGGAGGUGGUCGCGGAUAUGGUGGCUACGGAGGGUAUGGCGGUUAUGGAGGGUAUGGAGGAAGACCAAAUUCAUAUCAACGGCCCAUAGCUCCAUUACCAUUAUUUGGUUAACAGGAAACAGAAAAAAACUAAUCGUUGCAGAUAUGAUAAUCUCAAAUAAACUUAAGUUCAAACAUGA